CAAACACGUUCUUUAGUGUCAUCGUUCGUAAAAUUGGGGCCGAGAGAGAAACAAAAAUUUCCCAGGAAAAAGGCAGUGAUUGAAGAUUGUAUUAGAUCCGAUUAAUCGUCUUCCUGGUCGCUUGAACUGGUAUGUAUGCUUUGAUCUAUUCUUUAUGAAAAAGUUUCGGAAUCAAUGUCUAUGAAGAUGCUUUGAUGUUGACUCGUUGCUAGUUGGAUUAUGUAUCUUUAAUGGCGUUUUCUGGAUCCCUCGUUCGCCAUGUUCGUAUGGAUUCAUCGUUUAGUGUUUAAGACUCGCGAUUCGUAGAACUACGAGAAUUGUUUACUUAGCUUUUCUAUGUAGUGGUCGUAGUGUUUUAGCACAAUGUGUUGAUUGAAUAUCAAUUAGACGACUCUUGUUUCAAGUUUAUCCAGUAAUCAAUGAAUUGGUAGUAGCUUGGUAUAUGCAAAAAUCCAAAGCAGCACAGGGCUAGAAGGAGCUGCUUAUCGCUUCUGGAAGGCUCAGUCCCAACUCGGACUUCCAUGAUGGGAUGAUAUGCAUUUAUGUUUUGGGUUCGAUGUAAAUGAUAUGCAUCAGCUAUUCGAGUAUUAAGAACAACUUUUACAUAUCAAAUCCAAGUGCUUUAUUGAAUCUUACUUACAUGGGGAUCACUGGACGUGUUGUUUUUUGCUUACAGAGAAUCAAAUAAUUGAGCUCAACUGGAUUUGGAUAUGGGAGAGACAGCAACAGAUUCAGAACAUCGCAUGAUGAUCGGAUUAUCGGAUCCUAUGAAAAUUGAUCCCAAAAGAGACCGGUUUCCAUGCUGCAUUGUUUGGACACCUCUUCCCUUCAUUUCAUGGCUGGUUCCCUUCAUCGGCCACGUCGGUAUCUGCAGAGAAGACGGUGUCAUCCUCGACUUUGCAGGACCUAAUUUUGUCUGUGUUGAUAAUUUUGCAUUUGGAGCUGUUUCUCGAUAUAUUCAAAUCAACAAAGAAAUGGAGUCAUCUCGUUCUUCCAGUUCUGGUAUGUUCAAUGGUGAGAGGAGAUAUGAGCAAGAAGAAGAUAGUCAUGAGAAAGAGCCAACAUGGGAUGAUGCACUGAGAAAAAGCACGCAAGAGUACCAACAUCACUCAUAUAACAUACUCACAUGCAACUGUCAUUCCUUUGUAGCCAACAACCUGAACCGUCUAUCUAUAAAGUCAGGCGGAUGGAACGUGGUGAAUCUCGCGACACUAGUGCUUUUCAAGGGACGUUGGGUGAACAAAACGGCUAUAGUAAAGUCCUUGUUGCCUCCACUCAUAGUCUACACUAUAGGAAUCUUACUCGGUGGUUGGACUUUCAUUGCCUCCUGCUCGAUUCUAGUGGUUUUGCUUACCGGGUGGUUCAUCAUUGGAACGUAUUGUUUCAAGAAACUGAUUCAGCUGUAGAUUUGAAUCAUAAUGUACAAAUGAUGUCUACAAAAUGUUUUUUACUUUUUACGAUGGAUAUUUACAACUUUGCUUUGUGUGUGGUUAAUUUGUUACAAGUAAAACUUUGAGGAGUAAAAGUGUGAAUAUUUAUGAUUUGGGUAAAGAAGGAAAGUAGCAAUUGGUGGGUGUAAUUAUGGGAAACAAAAUCACGCG